AUGGGCAUUGACGGGAAAGAAACCAUCGCAAUAUUAUGGAAAAUUCUUGGAUCUUCGAUGAGCAUAAGCAUAAAUUUUAUGAAGAACCAUCCAGUUUUGUCCGGGGUUUCAAUGUUUUUACUCGUGCUUUACAUUUUCCUCCCUUCUCUAUUGUUCUUCUUGAUCUACUCGUCGCCGGUCCUUGCAUGUGCUCUAGUGUACGCCCGAGAAAGGCUAGGAUUGAGAUUUUCGAGCUUGUAUUCAUCUUCGGAGCCAAAGAGUUGUAGAAAAGGAGACAAGAGAUGUCAUUUGAAACAACAGCGAAGUGUUAGGCGGAAUGCUAGAAUGAAAGUUGAAGAAUGGGAUUCACAAACAAGCGAGGAAGAGAAAGACAAAGUUAUCUUGACUUCUCUUUACAAUGAUCUCCUUGGUCGUACCCCUCAUUUUGAAGAGUCUCCCAAAGCCAGUUUAGUAAACGAAGACAACGAGGAGGAGAAGGUGGUUCUUGGAGAUCAUGAAGAAGAUUCUCGUGAUUUGAGUCAUCUUAACGUUGAAGAGUCAAUGGUUUGCAACUGUGAGAUAAAAUAUGAAGAAUCAUCAGAUGGUAAAGAAGAGAUGAGUAAUGUUAACGAACAUGGGAUUUCAGAGAUUGAGAGAAAUAAGAGACUAGAGUCGCUAAUCGCUAGAAGAAGAGCGAGGCGGCUCUUUAGACUAGCUUUAGAUCAAAGGAGUAAGCUUCAAGCUGAAGAAACAACUAGCCCUAGACAGAACAACAACCACCACCUUCAUAUUACGGUUUCAAGGAACUCACUUGAAAAACGUCGGAACAAUUCAUCAGAUGCUACUACUGGUACAGGAUUACAGGUUCCAGGCUCUGCACCUUCUGUGAUGUUACAAGGGAGAAACCCUUUUGAUAUUCCUUAUGAUCCUCAAGAGGAAAGACCUAACCUUACUGGAGAUAGCUUUGAUCAAGAGUUUUCAUUGUUCAAUAACCAUAAAGAUAUGUUCUUUUGUCGUCAUGAGAGCUUCUGUCGCUUUGCUCUUUUUUCUCCGGAACAUGCUCAGUGUAUGAACAGUCCAGUUUCUGCUUCAGAUAUUUUAACUACUAGGAAACGUUUAGAUUUGGACAAUGAAUAUAUGGAUCAUACUGAACAUAUGCUACCAUGUAAUGGUAAAGAAGUUGAUACAAUAGAGAAAUAUGAUAAAAGCGUUGAGAGUACUGAUUCAAACAAAGAAGAAGUAGAAAUGAAUGACGAGACUGAUUCAAACAAAGAAGAAGAAGAUGAUCAUGAUUCAAGUUGUUCAGAAGAAAGUGAGCCAGAACUCAGCCGUUUGAACAAAGCAGAGCUCAGGGAAGCUAUAUGCCAAUCCAUGGAUAACUACCCUGGCUAUCUUGUGAAUCAAACAAGAAACAACAUUCCAAGCACAUUGCCUAAAGGUUUAGUAGCGCCAAGACUAGAUGAUCAUAACAUGUUUUACCCUCGCAAAUGCGGAAAUUCGCACAGUCGAACAUUUUCAGUUGCCUCGGAUAUGCAAGUUGAAGUUUCAGAGAUUGGUUCACCUCCUACAACAGUUGAUUGGCUUGAUGACUGGUCUAAUGGUGGAGAAUCUUAUAUGUAUGAUACAGAUAUUGACAGAGAAAUCGUCCGCAAUGAGGAAUCACGCAAGAGGACCUCUCACCAAUACGAAUCAAGAAGUGGAAUUGGAUCAAAAGAGGGGAACAAUGAGUAUGAAGGGGCUAAACCUGAGGCCAAUCCGGAUCAUAAUUCGAUGGUAGAUGAAAACCUUAUAACAGUUGAUGAUAUGUCACUGUUAGAUGAUAGCAACCAAACCAAAGAUAUUCUUGAGCACAAACCUUCUAGUUCCAGUGAUGUGUCCAAGCCUACAAGCUUUGGAAACUUUGAAGGCAUGUUGUUUCAUACAAGUGCAUCACUGUCGUCCAUAACAGAAGAACCUGAAACAAUUUUGGACUCCAUCGACGGGGGUAACUCGGAGAAUAUGAAUAAUUUUACUAAAGAACUAACUGACCUAAGACCUCUGACUACUAUGGAUUCAUCCAUGAAGACUUUGAUUGAUGAAGAAGUGGUUGAUAUGAAACAAGUAGUAAAUGAUGAUCUUUGUGGAUCUCCCAAGGCUAUUGAGUUAGAUAUCAUUGAUCAUCAGCAGAAAGACCAAAUAAUGGAUAUCAUUCAAGGAGAACAUGAGUCAACUAAGAACCUUUUGGAUGCUUCGUUGGACACUCCUUGUAUAGAAUCAUUUGAAAGAGAGGUAGAAGAAGAAGAAGAAUCACGAUUAGUCAACUUUACUGAGGAAAUAACAAAACAAAAAGAAAAUGAAGAACAUCAAAGUGAUAUGAAGAGUUCUCCACGCCAUGUUCUUUCAGAAUUACAAGAUAAUGAGGUAAUGGGAGAAAAUGGCCAGGAACUAGUCAAAGGUAUUGAUGAGAAAGCAAUACCAACAGAGGAAGAAAAAACUCACAAUGUCAUGGAAGAAUCUUUGAGCCAUCCUCAUGCAGAGUUGGUUAAAGACGAUGAAAACGCUGAAGAUAAAAGUGAUGUGAUACUUUUGCAAGUCCAAGAUAAUAAUAAGUCACCACUAGAGGAGUCAACUGAUAAGGAGAACUCAAAAGAAGGAGAAAAAUCAGAGUUACUAAUGGAAUCGGUAGUUUCAGACGACACACAAAAGUCACAAGAUCCACAACUAUGGGCUCAACAGUGUGGUUCAGAUUCUUCCCAAGGGAUAUCGCCAAGAACAUUGGAGAUCAGCCAACAACUAGAGCAAGAAGAUGUUAUUGGCUCGACCACCGUCUCUCAAGAUAUCGAUAAAGAUGAAUUUGCUGCAGUAGCCAAUGAAUUAGCUCCAGUAGCCAAUGAAUUAGCUCCAGUAGCCAAUGACUUAGCUGCUAGUGAGAAUAAUGAUGAAGAUAACCAAAAACUCUAUGAGCAAGUUGAAGCUAUGGAAAAGAAGAUAGAGCAUAAUUUAGAAUCAUUGUACAAUAAUAUUGGUAUAGUCCCUAGAGAAGACAAUGAAGAAUCCAAAAAAAUGAUUGGGGACAUGCAAAAUGCAGAGACCGAAACAACAAAAGACGAAAACAGAGACUUAGAAGAGUGACACAUUGAUGAUAAACACAUGAUCAUGCAUGGUGAAGAUAAUGAGUAAGGCUGCACGUAAGGUAUAAACCCACAAGGAAAAGU